AUGGGUUUGAGCAGCGACAGCAAUGGCCAUGGCAAUGGCGCCGGUGGUCCCAAUUUCUUCGAGGACUAUGGCGUGUGGAAAGAGGCUCCUAUCCUGAAGGGUACCACCGAGUUUGAGCCACUUCCAGAUGUCAAGAACAUCAUGGUGACAGGGGGUGCUGGCUUCAUAGCAUGCUGGCUCGUACGGCACCUCGCCCUCACCUAUCCUCACGCCUACAACAUAGUGUCAUUUGACAAACUGGACUAUUGCUCUUCACUCAACAACACCAGGGCGCUGAAUGAAAAACGAAACUUUAGUUUCUACCAAGGAGAUGUCACCAGCCCCACUGAGGUCAUGGACUGCCUUGAGCGAUACAACAUCGACACAAUUUUUCACUUUGCCGCACAGUCGCACGUCGACCUGAGCUUUGGUAACUCGUACGGCUUCACGCACACAAACGUCUAUGGCACCCAUGUCCUGCUCGAGAGUGCCAAGAAGGUGGGCAUCAAGCGGUUCAUCCACAUAUCGACAGACGAGGUCUAUGGUGAGGUCAAGGACGAUGACGACGACCUGCUAGAGUCCAGCAUCCUUGCCCCCACGAACCCUUAUGCUGCAAGCAAGGCCGCUGCGGAGAUGCUGGUGCACUCUUAUCAGAAGAGCUUCAAGCUCCCCGUCAUCAUUGUGCGUAGUAACAACGUAUAUGGGCCCCACCAGUACCCGGAGAAAAUCAUACCAAAAUUCUCAUGUCUGCUACACCGUGGCCAGCCGGUGGUCCUGCAUGGAGAUGGCAGCCCGACACGCAGGUAUUUGUUCGCCGGCGAUGCAGCAGACGCGUUCGACACAAUUCUGCACAAGGGUGAGCUCGGACAAGUCUACAACGUUGGUUCUUACGAUGAGAUCUCCAACCUUGAUCUGUGCGACAAGCUCCUCACUGAGCUCAAGAUCCCCCAUGAGACGACCGAAGGGUUCCGCAAGUGGGUAAAGUACACGCACGACCGGCCGUUCAACGACCACCGUUACGCCGUGGAUGGCACCAAACUGCGACAGCUUGGCUGGGAUCAAAAGACAAGUUUCGCCGAGGGCUUGAGCAUCACGGUGGAGUGGUACCGCAAGUUUGGAGAGAGGUGGUGGGGGGACAUCUCAAAGGUCCUCAGCCCGUUCCCCAUCGUGCAGGGCAAGGAGGUCGUGUCUGACCGUGAGCCGGUCACGGAUACGCCGCAGGAGCCUAUUGAGAAGAAGCGCAAGAUCAGCCAGGUGAAUGGCAAGUUGAACGGAAACGGGAUUACACAUCAUUGA